AAUAUGAAAAGAUGUGAGAAGUAAUUAAUUAAUUAACACAGCUAGCUGCAUAGUAAUGGUUAAAAACAUGUGGACAAGAAAAUAGAAUAGGCCCCUCUCACUUUUAUGAAACCGAACCAGGCAACGAAUUUAGUUAGCUAAGAGAGAUAUAUAAAUAUGAGAGAAUAUAUUAUGAUGGUAAGAUAGAGUUGUGUUGUGGCCAUAAUAUUUUUCCAAAGAUGGGAAGUGUAGAGAGAGAGAUGAAAAAUAUGAGAGAAUAUUUUAGGAGUGGAGUAACAAAGGAAGCAUCUUGGAGAGAAUCACAACUAAAAGGGUUGCGUCGUUUUCUUAUGGAAAAAGAGAGUGAUAUCUUCAAAGCUCUCAUGCAAGAUUUAGGGAAACAUAGAGUUGAAGCUUUUAGAGACGAGAUAGGAACGUUGGUGAAGACUUUAAAUCUAGCAAUAAAGUGUCUGAAGGAUUGGAUGUCAAGCAAGAAUGCUAGCCUACCAGCAUUAGCAUUGCUAACAAGUGCAGAAAUUGUUCAUGAGCCUCUUGGUCUUGUCCUCAUUAUUUCUUCUUGGAAUUUCCCAUUUGGAUUGUCUUUGGAGCCAUUGAUAGGAGCAAUAGCAGCUGGAAACACAGCAGUGUUGAAACCUUCAGAGUUGUCUGCAUCAUGUUCCUCUUUACUUGCUUCUGGUAUUGCUACUUACUUAGAUAAUAAAGCCAUUAAAGUUAUUGAAGGGGGACCACAGGAAUCCCAGCUGUUAUUGCAACAAAAAUGGGACAAAAUCUUCUUUACAGGUAGUGCACGCGUGGGGCGCAUUGUGAUGUCUGCUGCUGCGACGCACCUGACCCCUGUAACGCUCGAGUUGGGCGGAAAAUGUCCAGCAGUCGUGGACUCACUUUCAUCUUCUUGGGACUUAGAGGUUACUGUGAAGAGGAUUAUUGUGGGAAAAUAUGGGACUUGUGCUGGUCAAGCAUGCAUAGCAAUUGAUUAUGUUAUUGUGGAAAAGAGUUAUUGUUCAAAACUGGUGGAAUUGAUGAAGGUGUGGAUCAAGAAAAUGUUUGGAGAUAACCCAAAACAUUCAAAUACUAUAGCAAGGAUAGUUAAUAAACAACAGUUAGUUAGAUUGAAGAAACUUCUUAUUGAUCCCAAAGUUAAAGAAUCUGUGGUUUAUGGUGGCUCAGUGGAUGAAGAGAAUUUAUUUAUUGAGCCAACAAUCUUGGUGGAUCCACCACUUGAUGCAGCAAUAAUGGUAGAUGAAGUUUUUGGCCCAUUACUUCCAAUUAUCACUGUGGAGAAAAUUGAAGACAGUAUUGAAUUCAUAAGCUCUAGGCCUAAACCUCUUGCCCUUUAUGUUUUCACCAAAAACCAAACACUACAGAACAGAAUGAUAUCAGAAACAUCGUCUGGCAGUGUUACUUUCAAUGAUGCAAUUCUUCAAUAUGCAGCAGAUAGUUUACCAUUUGGAGGAGUAGGUGCGAGUGGAUUCGGCAUGUACCAUGGAAAAUUCUCCUUUGAUACAUUCAGUCACCAGAAAGCUAUUGUUAGAAGAAGUUUCUUAACUGAUUUUUGGUAUAGGUAUCCACCUUGGACAGCAAACAAGUUUCAACUGCUUGAAGUUUCUUACAAUUAUGAUUAUCUUGGAUUGGUCCUUGUUAUUCUUGGGUUAAAGAGACCGUCGAAACGCCAAAUCGUGCCUUGUUAAAUGAAAAUUAGCAUGCAGAACAGUCAAUCAAUUGCAGUGCAUCAAAAGUUCUAUUAACCAGAAGAUAUUUUUAUAAUGUCUAAGUGGUCAUAGUCCUCUCAGAAAUGCUUUGUUAGUUAGUGAGGGCUUUAUCAAAUUAAUCAUAUGUAUGUGUGUAAUAUAUAUCUACAUUAAUAUUUAUGUGUCUGCCUAUUCAAAUUUUAUAUAUUUAUGGAAA